AUGAAAAAAAUAAAAUUUAGGAGCUUCACACAAAUCGUUGCCGUAUCGAUAAAAAAAGACAAAUACGUGAAAUUUUCCCGAUUAAAUUUGAGCGAAUUGCUACAUUUUAUACAUGGGCAUUUAUCAGAGGAGAGCGACGUAAAAACGUGGAACAGCAUAUUUUUGCAGGUAGACAAAUUGGUGUCCAAAAAAGGAGGGGGCGAAGAGUAUAAAGCAGAAUUGAGCGCCUUUUUCGAUAAGCUCAUGAACAUGGAGUACUACGCUGUGCUUCACCAUCUGAAGGAUGUCGACGAGAGCGUGAAAAACAACAUUUUAAAUGGCGCCUUUUUCGAGUGCCUCGUGUUGUCCCUCAGGGGGAGGGACAUAACGCAUUUGCACGAGCGGGUGCGGCGGCAAGGAGUGGUAGGAGGAGUGGGAAGAGGAGAGGAAGAAGGAGGAAAAGAAGCAGAGCUGGGAGACUCGCCACAGGUGGGAAGCGGCAGCCCGGCAGAGGUCACACGUGGCGACCCCGCGCAGAUCGCGAAAAAGCGCGAAAGUAAGGUAAAAUCGUACAUGAAAAAUUUGAAGCAUCUUUUAAACAUCCCAGGCAGCAGGAGGGGUUCCAAGGGGGGGUUGAGCGCACUUGAGGAACAGCAGUGGCAGUCAGACGGUGAAGAAAAAAGAUUGGAUCGGUUCGGGGACAAGGAGGAGGCAUCGUGUGCGAAUAAUUUGUCCAGUUUCAGAGUAGACACAGAGAAAGACGUAACAAUGAUCAGGAGGUGGUUUACCCUGUUGACCCACUUCUCCAGCAAAUCUGAGCACGUCCCAAUGUUAAGAGAUUAUUUGAAUAAAAUAUUUAGGAAGCAUAUUGACGAGCUGAUUCGAAAGGAGUAUUUUUCCAAAACAGUGCACCAGAUGACGAAUCAGAUAAACAGUAAAAGUGUGCACGCCCUUAUAAUGACGUAUGAAAAAAAGCUGGACCAGAUGGAGGCAUAUGAUUUUAGCUACAGUUUGAUUAUUCUCCUUCGGUUUAUGGUCUUCAGUCAUAGUUUGUUUAACAGGAUUGUUGAUCAUGCUAUUGGGAAUCCUUUAGUGAAAUUAAAAAGUGAGAAGAACUUAAUCCGUUUUAUAAAGAGUUCCAACAUGAAUGAUUUGUACAAUUCUACCUUUUCUAUUUUUAUUAAAAAGUUGAACAAGAGAUUGAAGUUCUACUCGCUAGAGAACCUACUUUUUUUGUCCGAGUGCUUGGGCAAGGUGAUUUUUAUGCCGAGCACGCAGAACCAGGUUCUGCAUGUCUUCAUUAAUAAGCUUCGGUACUACAUCGAUAAUUCUUUGGAUUUUUCCACUGUAAAUAAUGAGACGCUUAUUCGCCUUUUUAAGAUAAGCUCCUUCUUUUCCUUCGUCCCCGAGAUGGAGAUUUUUGUGAGCAGCGCGACAAAGGGGAGUAGGAAGGCACGCAGGUUUGUAAGCGGCGAGGUGUCUGUGCCGUCGAAGGGCACCCUCGUGGGAGAACCCGAAGAGGUGGUCUCCCCAUCGGGAGAAGCGGAAAAGGCACCAGGAGGGUCAUGCCCCCCAGGGGGAGAAGCGAAAAAGGCAUCAGAAGGGGGAACAUGCCCCCCAGGGGGAGAAGCGAAAAAGGCAUCAGAAGGGGGAACAUGCCCCCCAGGGGGAGAAGCUCAAAGGAGCCCCGUGAAGGACAGCCCGUCUCCCACGGGGAACAAAAAAAUACUCAAGAGCAGAAAUGACGACACGGUGGAUGAGAAGAGCAAAAAAAAAAGCAUAUGCUUUAACCUGAGUGAGAAGAGAGUGAUUAAUUAUUACUAUGACAAAUCGGAGGAGAGAGAGACACACACGCAUGCCUUUGCGCAUCCCAGGAAUCUGCUGAAGAGUUACGACCUGCUUCAGGUGAAGGACAAUGUGUACGACGUGAACAGCUACCUCCUGAAUUACAGCUUCUAUCACGACUUGGGGAAGAAGCAUAAGAAGAACAAGUUUUUGCUCAAAAAUAUAGUGAUGCUUCUGUGCGAGCGGAUUGAUAAGAGUUUGGAUGACGUUGCGAGGGAGCUGCGUGAGGGGGUUCCUGCGUGGAACGAAGCGGGGAAGGAAGUGACCCCCAAGAAGAGCUGCCCCACCUGGAGCAGAGACAAACUGAUGAACGAAAUAAAACACAUGAACGAGAAGAACGCCGAGCGAGAUGGCAAGUGCCCCGGGGGUGACUCCACCCACAAGGAGAGUGAGCUCUACAAAAGGUACCUCAUUUUUUACGAUUUCAGCGUGCUAAGCGAUGUAGUGAAGUUCACUCAUUUUUCUAUCAAUACGAAUAAGCACACGUACGAGUUAGUCAAGUCGAUAAAGCGGAGACUGGAGGAAAUGCUUCUCUUUUAUGAUUUAAGUGGAGUGUCCAAGCGGGGAACUGAGGUGACUAUGAGGAGUGGGUCAGGGGAAUAUGACUCAAAGAUGAAAAAUAUUACCACUUUUCAGUUGUACCACUUUUAUUGUGCUUGUAAAAAUUUUAGUCCUUCUUUCCUAUUCGAAUUUUUUGACACCCUGUUGAAGCUGACCCCCAAGAUGAGUAUUAUAGACAUAGAUGAUAAGGCUGUCGAUUUGUUUAGUAAGAAAAAAAUGAACAGAAUGGAACAUCUGGAGAUCUUCGAGAAGGUGAAGGAUCGUAACGUGACCAUCCCCUUUGUUGUCUCCUUGUUACGAUCGUUAAGGAUAAUCAUUUCAUCGAGUUUGUUUCUGACAAAUGACAUACUUAGUGAGCAUGUGAGCACCAUGGUGCAGUACUCGUACUACGUGUUGUUGUUUUAUUACUACAAUAAGGAUAGGAGGAGGCGUGAUGUCAAGAGUGGCAGUGAUUUGCGGGACGCGGGCGAGGAGGAGUGGCUAGCCGGGGGGGUGAGAACUGUGCCAGGGAAUGCUCACUAUGGGACACACUCUGCGGGGGAGGGAACCUCGGCCCGACCUCCCCUUGGUAAUAGUGAACACGCCGAUGAUGAGGAGGACCCCAUUUGUGAGAGCACAUCCAAGGGAGGCACUGCAGGGGGGUCACCAAUAGGGGAGUAUGUGAAGAAUCAACAGGAGAAUGGCCAACAUAGUCAUAGCUUUGGAAGUGGACGACCACAGGGGGGUAGCCAAACGGAGGGUGGCCAGCGUGACGAGGACAGCGACUGUUCAAUCAUCUCGAAUGUAAUGAAGUCAACAAAAAAGGAGAGAAAAGUAUGUCUCUUUGAUAAUGUAUAUAUGGAGGACCUGUGCAACACGUACUUGUGCUUGUCCACAUCGCUAUACUUCCUAAAUAGGACGGAGGAGAAGUCCAACCAAGUGAAGCAUCUCAUUUAUCUCGAGGAGAGGUUCCUUAAGUUAGUAACCAAAGUGAAGUACAUGAAGUACUUAUCGGAUAAUUUAAUUUUUUUUCUAUUUAAAUCUUCGUGCACGCUGAAAUUAGAGGAAGCAUUUGAUGGGAUCAUUCCGUCGUUGAAGUUACCCAAUCGGAGGAGUAAAAAGACGAGCGAACUUCUCUCCUCCAUAACGCAUUCGCAGAAGGUGAAAAUUUUGAGUGUCCCAGCAGCGACUGCAUUUUUUCUGUGCAAAAUUAAGCUAUCCAUGUCGGGUAGGGGCGGCAAGGAGGAAGUGAAUGUCCUUCGGAUGGAGAACACGAGGAAGCUGUUUGAGAUCCUUAUCGAUGAUUAUAAGUUGUUGGCGAACUGCGUCGAGCAGUCGUUCAUUAAUAGGGGGAGAGAAGGGGUCUACGGUGGAGGUGAAGCGGUCUACGGUGGAGGUGAAGCGGUCUACGGUGGAGGCGAAGCGGUCUAUGGUUCAGGCGAAUCGUUCCAUGGGGAGGAGUACUCAUCGGACAAUUCGCAUAUUUCCAAUCAGAGCACCUCCUUCCGAGGGAGACCCAGGAAGGACUUCUCCGUGGAGCACCCCCCGGAUGGAAGCAGCCAGUAUGGAGUGGCCCCACGCAAAAGAAGGACCUAUUCUUAUUUACCCUACCUUGUGUCAAACAAAGUGGGCAUGAAGGAAAACAUCCAUUUCGAAGACCUCAUCGGAGAUAUGUUCUUCGGAGCACACGAGGUGAAGACGUUGUAUGAACUGCAAAGCACGCUGCUAAAAACGGUGAAGUAUUUGGAGGCUGCCCAAAUUAACUUAAAGGUAAAUUAUAAAAUAACGCAGAUUCAGAAGAUACAUAAUGACCUCUUGGGUUAUCUCUCCGAGCUCUCCAACGUCGUUAAGGACUGCCUCUACAUCGUCUUCCUCUCCCAGCCCUACAUUCAUAAGUCUCCCAAAAAGUACACCACCAAAAAUUUGGUUAACUACUUUAUUAAUAAGUGCAAGUUUGUAAGCGACUACAACAUUUUCGACGACUGCAACAAUAAGUCCUUUAACGAGAUGAAGCGCAACAAGUACAUGGCCAACGAGCUCUGUCGCUAG